AUGUACCAACGCCACUAUUCAUACGAGUGCAAGGCCGCGCCUCAAGAAAGGCCCUACGUGCCGCGUCCAUCUCGCACCCAGCAGCUGCUGAAUCCCAAACUACGACCAGACCUCUCAAAUGAUACGCCAGAGUUGAUUCAGAAAAAAGCCGGCGUUGCCGAUGCCGAGCUGGCAAAGAGAGCAGCACAGAGGGAAAGUGAGUCCCGGGGGCGGGGAUUGAGAGACGACGACAAUGAAGUGCUGUCGGGAACUUCUGGGGCUCGUAGCACACAGAACCGGAGGAGGUCCCGUUCAUAUGAUUCCAAUCCCUCUGGCGGGUCGAUGUCUCCUGCAUCACCCAGGCCUGGACGUGAAUCAAUGUCGCCGCAGCGGACAGAAGUAGCAUCUCUUCAGAGACGAUCCGACUCGCCCAGGAAGGGCGGCGUGGCGGCCAACACAGUGAUUCUCCCCAACGCAGAUAUUCAUCACCAGAAAGACUGCUGCGGGAACCACAGCGACACAAAUCGCAUGGCCAUGGAAAGCACAGUGACUUGA